UGUGAACGUAGCGUAAGUAGGCUCAGAUCCAUUGACCGCUGUCCAACACCAGGCGGCAACGUUGUGCAACACUGAAAAAGCUACGCCGGCAUUUAGCGCACUUCGAUGUGCAUUAAUUGAGAGACGUUUACCAAUUUUCAAUUGCCAACGCCAAACGGCAGCGCCAGCGCCUUUUCGACUCCAACGCAUCCUCAGCUCAGGGCGUUGGCAGCACGUGCACAGACAUCCUCAUCAGUUGGCGGCACAGUUCAGUUGGCGUCAUGGCCAUGCCUUCGAUCUCGACGCUGGUGGGCGUGGCGUUUUUAGCCUACAUCCUGCAUUCCAUAUACCAAAUGUCGCAGCUCUUCACGACGCUCAAGUGCAGCGACUCGCCCUGCUACACAUCCUUUCUGGCGGAGCGGCCGCGUCUGCAGCUGGCGCUGUUCAGCUCGCUGACACGUAAUCCGAUUGCCACCGAGGUGCAGGAUCUGUACAAGACGAAGCGCUUCGAUUACGGCAAAUCCUUCGAUCAGGACUUCAAGCUGGACGUGCCGCUCAAGACGCGCCGCAACGGCACGCUCUACCUGCAUGUGGUGCUGGCGCUGGAGGGCGAGCCGCUUGAGUGGCGCACCCUGCGCCGCGAGGGUCCCACCGUGCUGCACACGCUCAGCAUGUGCGAGUACAUGUUGCCGCGUGCCGAGGCCUUCAAUCUGCUGGGCGAUGGCGAGAAGCAGUCGUCGUCAUCGCCGCCGGCAGCGCCUGUCAAGCCGGCAUCUGUGCCGGGUCGACCCAUCACACACAUACGAAGCGAUGUGUACGUGACGCUGCUGACGGAUCUGUUUGCGCUGUCGCAGGCGGACGUGCCGCCAGAGAUGGCCCAGCUGAUACGCGUGAAUCGCAUGCAACAAAUACUGCCCAUACUGCAGACGGACAUGUUCAAUACACGGCUCAAGGAUCUGGUUGCCGUGACGAGCAACACCACCGAAUUCACAUUCCGCUUCCAUUACAAGCCCGUCGGCGUGGGCAAGCUGCGCCUGAUGCUGCUCAUGGAGCACGCCACACAGGCGCUGCAGGCAUUCGGAUUUGCCAGCAAGGACAUUGACGAGGUCAAGGGCAUCUUCUCCGAUACGAAUGUGUACCUGCUCUGCGGCACCAUCUUCGUGUCCAGCAUUCACAUGCUCUUCGACUUUCUGAGCUUCAAGAAUGACGUGUCCUUUUGGCGCCAGAAACGCUCCUACGAGGGCUUGUCCACGCGCACCACACUCUGGCGCGCCUUCUCGCAGAUCGUCAUCUUUCUGUAUCUGCUGGACGAGCAGACAUCGUAUCUGGUGCUGGUGCCCGUCGGCCUCGGCACGCUGAUCGAGCUGUGGAAAUGCAAGAAGAUAUUGCGGCUCGAGCUGAGCUUCAGCUCGUUCAUCAGCCGCAAACUGGAGGAGGUGGAUCAGCGCAACGGGCAAGCACAGCCCGCCGCUGGCCAGUUGGCCGAGCAGCAGACGCAGCAAUUCGAUCGCGAGGGCAUGCGCUAUCUCAGCUAUCUGCUGUAUCCGCUGUGCCUGGGCGGCGCUGUCUAUUCGCUGCUGUAUCAGCCGCAUCGGUCCUGGUACAGCUGGACCCUCAACUCGCUGGUGAAUGGCGUCUAUGCGUUUGGGUUUCUGUUCAUGCUGCCGCAGCUGUUUGUCAACUACAAGCUCAAGUCUGUGGCGGCUCUGCCCUGGCGUGCCUUCAUGUACAAGGCCUUCAAUACGUUCAUCGACGACUUCUUUGCCUUCAUCAUCACCAUGCCGACGGCUCAUCGUGUCGCCUGUCUGCGCGACGAUAUUGUGUUCCUUAUCUAUUUGUAUCAGCGCUGGCUCUAUCCGGUGGACGCAACGCGCGUCGAUACGGGCCUGGCCAUUGAUGAGACGCCUCCGGCUCGUGGCACCGGCUCCGGGUCUCGCCCCAAGCGCGACUAAAGCCUCGCUCCGGCUCACGACAUCACAAUGCUAAGUAGCUGCAUAUUCCGUCGAUUUGUUUAGCAAAUAGUUGCAACCAUUGGCUGUAAUCAAUAUACCCUACACACACACACCCCCAAACACACACACACAACCAUGUAAGUGUUUAUUGUAGCAAAUGCAAGCGUCUCCACGUAACA